UAAUUUCGAUGAUAGCGGUCCUCAAUAUGAUUCUGCAGAAUCAAUCAUAAAUCAUGAACUUUUAGCACAACCACAUGAUGAUGACUAUUCGAGAGAAGCUUCGCCCAAACCUGGGCUUUUAUCCCAAAAUAGUUCAGCGAUACUAUCACAGAAGGAAAAUAAUAACUUAUUUGAAGUUAAUAAAUAG